AUGGAUUCACAAGAACGACCAAACACACAGACCGUAUCUGUCUCCAAUCCAUAUUUAUUACGUUUAAAAUGUUUUCUUUGUCAAGCAUUAAAUCCAAAUAUAAAUGAUGAAAAUAAUAAUUUUAAAAAAGAUAAUAACACAAAUGAAAAAUCAUUUAAUCCUAUAUCAAAGCUUCCAUUGUAUACAUGUCCAGAUUGUGAAGCUAAACUUCGAUUGGAAGAAAAAGAAACUGCAAGUAGUUCAACAGUCACAUCUCAAGAAUAUGAAGAAGAAUCUGAACGAAUGAUUAUUGUACCAGAUACAAGUUCUGACGAUAAUCAUGAUGAAUGUUGGUGUCAAUCAUGUACAAAUGAUGUUGAUGAUAUAAAUUCUCGUCAAUUAUGGGAUGAUCUUUCUCAUAUUAUUAAAUGUGUUUAUCGUGCAACAGAUAAAGAAUUUUCAGAAAAUCAAUUUUCUGAUGAUAUUUUCAAGGCAAAAGAAUAUGUAAAAAAAUUAACUGAUAUAAAUCCUCAAUCUUUAUUUAAUAAACUUGAAUCCAUUGUAUUAGAAUAUGUUCGUGAAAUAAGAAAUCAAGUGUUAGAACGUUUUCAUACAUGUGCAAAAACUUCUCAUGAUGUACAAUUAUUUAUUUCAUUUCUUUUGGAUGAAUAUAAUAUGUUUAUACAAGCAGCAAAUAAUGUUUCAACUAUUGUUUCUUAUUUAGAAGAAAAUCAUAUGAAAUCUUUUCAUUUAACAUGGUUAUUAUAUAAUAAACAUUUAUAUGAAAAAUUAAUAUAUAUGGAUAGAAAAAUUCAACAUUCAAUGUCAACAAUGAUUGAUCUAUUACAACCAUCAAAUGAUGAUGAUAAUGAUUAUUCACCAGCUGAAUAUACACAAUUAUUGAAUAGAUUUUUAGCAUUUGAUGAAGAAAUGUCUGAAAUAGCUUGUUUAUAUAAAGAUGCUCAAGCUAAAAUGAUUUCACCAUCAUUUAAUAUAUGUAUUCAUAAUGGUUAUCAAUUUGAUCAUAAUAUUAAAAUGAAAAAAAAGAAAAAAUGUAAAAAAGUUAAGAAAACAAAAAAAUUACAAACAUCAACACAAGAUAAUACUAAUAGUUCUGUAACAACCGCUGUUGAUAUUCCAUCAUCAAAUAAUUCAUCAUCAACAGGUGCACCUUCACAUCAAGGUUCAAAUGGUUCAUCUAUAGGUUCAGGUAUUGGUGGUGAUGAAUCAUCAUCAGUGUCAUCCGUUGAUGAUUAUUUACUCGAUAAUGAUACAUCAUCAUCAGGUUAUACACUAGAAGAUCAAGAAGAAUUAACUCGUUUAAUGUUAGAAGAAGAUUUAAAUGAACAAUUAUUAGCAAGUAUAUUAGAUAGUGUUUCACCUUUAGCAAGAAUACAACGUGAAAUAUGUCAAUCAAGAUUUGAUGAGAAAAAAACAAAUAUAACAACAACAAUUGAUAAUGAAAAAUGGAUUGAAAGUAUUAUUCAAGGAAUACAAUCGGCUAAUGAAAAACAACAAAAAAUAACAACAAAUGAUACAAAAAUCAAUAGUAAUUCAACAGCUAAAAACAAAGAACAAAUAUCAACCAUUACAACAUCUUCCGAAUCAUCAACUAAAAAAUCUUCAUCAGCAAAAUCUAAAUCAAGUAAAUCAUCACAUCGUCGUAAAGAAGCUUCAUCAUCGAAUUCUUCAACCACAACAACAACAACAACAACCACAACAAAUCAAAUACCGAAAAAAUCGAUUGCUGCUGAUUUACUUCUUCCUCGUUCUAUAGCUGAUCUUUCAGCUAAAAUUCAAUCUGUUUCAUUUACUGCUGGUACAUUUGGUUCAAUAACAUCGGCAAAUACCAAUGAAUCAUUUCAAUCGUCGUCUUCUUCUUCUUCAUCAUCAAAUUGUUCAACAACAACAUUAACAGCUGCUAAAACAACAACAUCAACAGGACAAACACGUUUAAGUAUUAAUUUAACACGUAAACCAGGUUCAAAAACAACUGAACAUGGUGGUCAAAAAAUAGCUGAAGCACUUUUUAAUGAAUUAACAAGUUUCGGUAAUGGAGAACAUUUAAAUAAUGGAAGAAAAAAAGAUAAUCAACAAUUUAAAAAAACUAAACAACAACGUUCAAAUAUCAAUGAAACAUUACUUGGUUCUACAAAUAAUUCUCAUUCAUUUUUUAAUUCAUCCAAUAAAUCUGAUUCAAAUUCAUCAUCAACAGCUUAUAGUAAUUUAGAUCAUCUUCUUCGACAUGCAGCAUCGAAUACAGAUGUAUCCGAAGCAGCAUUACAUUCAAUAUUAUCAUCAUUUCAUUCUCCAUCUUGUCUUGAUCCAUCAUCAUCAAAACAUUCAAUAUCAUCAAAAACAACUGAAGCAUUACAAACAUUACUUGCUCAACAACAACAUCAACAUCUUCAUCAUCAUCAUCAUCAUCAUCAAAAAAAGACUUCAUCAAAUAAUAAUAAUAAUAAUAAUAAUGGUAAACCAUGUGAAUAUUGCUGUUGUGAAUCUUCUGAAGGACGAACUUGUUCAGCAUCAACAUGUCUUCAUUUAUCAUCAACAUCAAAUACAACAAAUGGACCAAUAAGUAGUUGUGUUACAUGUAUGGCUUUACCAGGUACAACAACAUCUGUUAUGGGUACAACAAUAACAGGUGCUUUUAAUCAACGUGAUGUUGAAAUGAAAGAACGUUUAAAACUUAAAUUAACUAAAAGAAAUGUACAAAAUUUAACUGAACAACAAAAUUUAUUAAAAGAACAACAACAACAGAAAAAAAACCUAACAACUAGUAAAAAACAAUCAGUACAAAAUAAUAAUACAAAAGCAAAAGAAUUUCUUAUUAAUGAUCCUAAUAAUAUUGAUGAUUUAGUUAGAUUUAUUGAUGGAAAUGAAACAUCAUCUAAUAGUAAUGAACAUCAAACAACAACAACAACAACAACAACAACAACAACUAAUGAAUCAACAUCAAAAAAACAUAAGAAGAAAAAAGAUAAACAAUCAAAAAUUAAUAAUAAUAAUAAUACUAAUAACAAUAAUAAUGAAGAAAUAAAAACCAAUUCUUCUCAAUCUAAAGAACAACAACAACAACAACAACAGCAAACGAAUAAAAAAAAACAAAAUGGAUCAAAUACUACUCAACAAACAAUUUCUUCUCAACAACCAUCUCGCAGUACUUCAUCUUCAUCAUCAUCUACAAAAGUAACACCUCUUUCAUCAUCAACUCCUUCUGUUGAAACUCAACAGCCUUUAUCAAAACGAAAACAAAAAGCCAAAUUAAAACUUGAACAACAACAAAAACAAGCAACUAACUCUAUAGAUCAAUCAUCAACUACUUCUAAUAUCAUCACAACAGCUACUAAUCCUACAUCAACAUCAUCUACAGAUCCUGUUGCAGUUCCUCUUCCAUCUACCCUUCCAACUUCUUCUUCUUCAUCUUUUUCUUCUUCUCAAAGAACUAAUACACCUCGAACAAGUUUUGAUUUACCAUCGGAAAAUUUUGAUUCACCUGGAGAGGAAGUCAAUUGGAUAACUAUUUCACGUAAACAAAGUAAGCAUAAACCAACACAACCAUCUGUACCAUCACUAUUGGCUGUACCUGUUCUACCUGUUGUUCCGCCGACGAAUACCAAACAGUAUCGACAACAACAGCAACAGACAACAGCUAAUACUAAAAAGACAACCUCAACGGCUAAUACUUCAUCUAAUGCUCAACAAAAAGUGAUACCACCAACUGGUGUAUUAUCGAAUGUUGCAUUGGAGACUCAAUUAAAUAAUAAUAAACAACAGCAGACUAGUGUAGCUCCACCUCGUCUUCAAAAUGUAUUAAAAAAUCAUGCUUCAUAUCAACCACACAAAGUUGAAACAUCAGUGCCACCUCAAUCACCAGUACAACCACCACCAUUGAAUCUUUGGACAAAUAAUAAUAUUCAUGAACAUACUCCAGGAAUACCAUCAAUGCCUACAUCUUCUAUACUACCAUCAUCAUCAACUCUACUUCCUACGACACCAUCUUAUAUUCCAACUCAUACACCGCCACCACAACCUGUUAUUCCACCAUCAUCUUCAAUACUGUCGGAAGGUUUAUCAUCAUCAUCGAUGUAUUGGGAUCCAAAUGGUUUUCUUCUGCCACCACCAUCUCAAUCAAUAAUUAUCCCUUCAACUGCACCAGGUCCUGUACAACGACCAAAUUCAUCGUUUUCGCCAGCACCUGGUACUGUUAAUAAUACAACAUCUCGUUGUAUUCAACGACCUUCACCUGAACCACGUUCCUGUUCAACAAAUCCUGCUCCUUUCCCACUUUAUUCUCCUAUGAAUUAUGCUGUAGGUAAUUCAAGUUCAACAUGGAAUGAUACGCCUGUUACAAAUACAAACGAGUCACAUUGGAACUAUCCACAAGACCACCAGCAGCAACAACAACAACAACUUGGAUUAUCAACAACUCCAACUGAUUUUCCUCUCUAUGAUCCAUUUCAUAGUGGUGCUGGACUAAAACUUCCAUCAACGACAGAGAAAACAUUAUUGAUAAAUGAAUUUCCAGAACCUUUUACUGAUCUGUGUGCUAAUUCUCAAGAUAAUGAUUUUAAUGAAAUGGAUCCAUUUGAUAAAGAAAUUGAAGAUUUUAAAAAAUUUUGUUUCGAAAGUGUCCCGUUAGAAACACGUGAAAAAUUGCCAAUUAAUGUUGAUCGCUGCUUUGUUCGUCAAGCUUGA